AUGGAAGAUGGAAUAUCUGGCUUGCUUCUUACAGUAAUAACAAACACAAUUGUUUUUUCUAUAUGCCUUCUCUUUUUCUUACUAUAUCGAUCUCUACGCUCAAAGCCUCUAUUUUCUUCAGAAAGGGUUUCAGGCCCACCCUUUCCCGAAGGUCAUAUAUCAAUACUAGAAGCGAUACAUAUAAUAAUUUAUCAUAAAUAAGAACCGCUUUUAGGUUGAAAAACAAGAAAUUUUUUAUAGAAGCUUUUUCUUGGGCCAUUCAUGGUAUUUUACUAUAAGCUUUAUUACACCUCUGAUCAUGAAUUAUCAAUAUACUGCAAAAUGGACGGAGCUUUAUAUCUAGCAUUAAUCAGAAGAGUGGGGUAUCUGCUCUUCAUUUUUUCAGUCAUUGGAAUUAUUGGGCUUAUUCCAAUUUAUAUGACUGGAAAGAAGAAAAUUUCUUCAAAUCAAGGAGAUAUUUCAUAUUAUUCAAUAGCGCAUGUAAGUGGGUAUGAUACAGAAAUGAUUUUACCUGGGGUUUGUGCUCUUUUAUUUUCAGUUGGAUCUUAUAUUUUAGCAUAUUCUUUUUUCAAGCUUACCAAAACAAGAGAGAUGUCUUUGACAGUAAAUUUUAUAUAGCCUGAAGCCAGCAAAGAAUUAUAUGUAAAAUCUAGCACUAUCCAGAUUUCUAAUGUCCCAAAAAGGAUUUCGCCAUUUAAACUGAAUGGGAUUAUUUACAAUCAUAUUCAUACCAGAUAUCCUGACGAAAUUUUAUCAGUGAAUGUAGUACCAAAUUUAUCUAAAUUAUUUUCAUUGUGUCAAGAACAACAAAAAUUAGAAAAAAUAAUAAGCCGAUAUAAGGUAAUAGCAAGAGAGUAAACUUUAUAUAGAAAUAACCAAAGACCAAAAAUAAGGGCCAGCUGAUUUUCUAGCAAAAUUGACGCGAUAAUGCAUUAUGAGAGAAAAAAACAAGAAAUUGAGGAUUUAAUUGAAAUCGAAAAAUAUAAAGAAAUUGAUUCAAAUUUAGGAUAUGGAUUUAUCGUUUGUAAAAAUCCUGAAUCUGCAGAGCUGCUAUUAGAAAAUUUUUCUCCAAGUAUUGAUUUAGGCAUCGAGAUGAAUAAAUGGAAAUUUGAGCCAGCGCCCUACAACUCAGAUAUUAUAUGAGAAAACAUCGGUGUCAGCAAAUUUUAUUCAAAUUUAAAAAAAUGAAUUGCCAAUUUUUCAUUUAUUUUAAUUUUUUUGAUUUUAUUGACACCUCUUACUUUAGCAGGGCUGGCUUCAACAAUUAUAGAAAAAGUUGAAUUUAUUACUGGAAUUAAGGCUUUGAUCUCUUUUUCGCUGCCUUCAAUUGCACUAAGCUUGUUUCAAUCUUUAAUCAUCCCAUUUGCUGUAGGAAUUUUAGUCAGACAAGAGUUGCAUUUAUUGUUUUCAGAAUCAAUAGCAAGCUCUAUAUGGAAAUUCUUGAUCUUUGUAAUCACCAACUUAAUUAUAUUCCCAUUACUAGGAGCAGUCACUUUAAGCAUGGCUUUUGUAACUUUAUCUAAAGUAGAAAUUUUGGAAUGGAAUAUAAGAUUCGCUAAGAAUAUUAUUUCUGUAGGAGAAUUUUUUGUAAGUUUUGUGAUUUCUAUGAGUUUUGUAUCAAAUUUGCUUGAUUUAUUAGCAGUCCCUACACUUUUGACUACAAAAUAUAACGAAUGAAAAGCAGUUACUCCAGAAGAAGAAAAAGAAGCUGCCAGAGCACCGAAGUUUGAUUUUGGGCUAGAAUAUUCUAAAAUGCUGGGCGUUUUUACUGUAACUUUGAUGUUUUCUAUUACAAUGCCUCUGAUUUUACCAUUCGGCUGCCUAUAUAUUUUUAUAAAAUACUGGGUAGAUAAAUACAAUUUAUUAUUUGUAUAUAGAGUUGAAAUGACUUGUAUAGGAAAAGCACAGGAAGCGAUUUUGAUGUUUAUCAUGAUAGCGAUUGGGCUAUUUCAGCUAGUGAAUUCUGGGGUUUUUAUGGUAAGUGGCGAAAACUGAUUUUCUUAUUUUGGGUGGUGCUUUGCUGUAAUUUCAAUGAUAACUUUUUUAGCUUGUUUUUUUGUAGAUGCAAAAAUACUGGAAUUUUUGAAUAGAAAAAGAGGAAAGGAAGAAGAAUCCCUUCUUUUUUAUGAUUUGACAGGAGAUAUCAACACACUUUAUAAGCAUCCUUGUGAAGCAAUUGUAAGACAUUUAUAA